AUUUUCAUCAUUCGAACUGAAUUGGACUCCUUAAACAUGGUGUACUGCUUUUUCCUCCUUUUCCACUCUCCUCUGAUGAGAACUCCACCAUAUAUGCGUCUGAGGAUUCUUUUUUCAAAGACUAGGUGUUCCUGUUCACAAGCCUGGGAAGUAGUCCAAGUCUCACAACCAUACAGCAAGACUGUACGCACUAUCGUCUUAUAAAGACAAAGCUUCAAUUUUCUGGAAAGAGCUCUACUCCAGAACUGCCUUGUCAUAGAAAAAUAGCACCAACUUGGUGCUAUGAUCCUACGCCGAAUCUCUUGUUCAGGUGCGUUGUCUUGAGCUACCAAUGAGCAAAGAUAUAAAAAAACAUUAGUCUUCUCGAAUUGGUACUCCCCGAAAGUCACCUCCUUUUCAGGCCUAGGUAUGUCUCCUGUAACCAUAUAUUUUGUUUUUUCAGCAUUGAUUUCCGAGUCUUCUCACAGGACUCACCAGAGCAAGGAAAGCAUCCGAUACAGCCAGGAAGGAACGUCUUAUGAUAUCUAUAUCAUUUGCGUAUGCAAGGAGACAUAUAUUGAAAUUUAAAAAUACUGUCUAAUAAAAUAACUGAAUUAAAUCAUAUUUUCAUACUCAAUUUAAAUAAUAAUAUUUUUCAUUUUUUCACAGGAUUUGGUCUUGGAUUACGACAUAUUCAAGCAUUACUCCUGUUCCUGUGUUUCUUUGAAACAUUUUUUCUAAGAAUCAAUUUGUCAGUUGGAAUCGUGUCUAUGACAGAUAGGAACAGCUCUAAUCCAGAUUUUCAUGAAUUUAACUGGACAGAAAAAGAAAAAAGUGCCAUUCUUAGCUCCUUCUUUUGGGGAUAUUUAGUUAUCCAGGCACCAGCUGGUCAGCUCGGCCAGUAUUUCAGCCCUAAAUUGCUUCUCCUCGGAGCAAACCUGAUAUCGGCUGUACUCGCUGGACUCACGCCCACAGCAGCAUUUAUCGGAGGCUGGAAACUACUGUGUGCCUUAAGGGUUAUUCAAGGACUAUGCCAGGGUUUCGCUGUACCUCUAUCCUACACACUUAUCUCAAAAUGGGCACCUCCUAAUGAAAGGAACAGAUAUGUUGGAUUCUCUCUAAACGGAGGUACACUGGGAGCAACCGCAGCGAUGCCUCUGUGUGGACUACUAGCCAGCAGUUCUGGAGGAUGGCCUUCCAUAUUUUAUUUUUCUGGUCUACUCGGCCUCACGUGGUCAGCGCUGUGGGCUUGGUUUGCUGCAGAUAGUCCGGCAAAGCAUCAGAGCAUAUCAGUCGAAGAAAAAGAAUACAUCCAGAAAUCUCUUAUGUAUGUCUCAGAAGAUAAAGCAAAGACACCUUGGUCGCAGAUAUUCACCUCUAUACCAUUUUGGGCUUUAAUAUUUGCUCAUCUCGGAAAUGGCUGGGCUUUCGCCGUCAUUAUAACUGAAAUGCCAUCAUAUAUUAAUUCAGUUCUUGGAUUUAAUAUUGCAACAAAUGGUCUCCUUUCUGCUUUACCCUAUUUGGCUAUGUGGUUGCUGACAUUCCCUGUGUGUUGGUUAGCGGAUUAUUUACAAAAAAAUAAGAUCAUUCCAAACAGUGUAGCCAGGAAAUUAUGGACAACAAUAGCACAAACAGGAGGUGCUAUAAUGCUUGUUUCAAUGGGCUUUGUCGGAAGAGAUGCAGUUGCUGCAAUGACUCUGUUGACAAUUACUGUGGCCCUGGCUGCGUUUCUUUUUAGCGGUUACAAUAUAAAUCAUCUCGAUUUGUCGCCAAAUUUUGCAGGCGUUUUAAUGGGAAUUGCCAACGGACUGGAAAAUAUCACAACUAUACUGGCUCCUUUGACUGUAGGAUGGGUUGUGGAGGAUACUAAAUCUGUCGAACAAUGGAGAAUCGUUUUUAUUAUUUCUGCUUUUGUUUCCAUCACUGGAAAUCUUAUAUUCCUUAUCUUUGGAUCCACUGAAACACAACCAUGGAAUACGAUCAACCAGAAACCGAAAAAGAAAGAAAACGAAAUAAAUAUACCUUAAUGAUUAAGUAAUUAGCACGUAGCAAUUUUUGUAUUAUAUCUAAACUGUGACAAAAAAGAGAAUCAAAAGCAAAUUUAAAACAAAUAGACUCUUCCUGUAAUAAUGUUAGUUGUCAGAAUACCAAACUAUUAUAUUUUUUUAAUUGUUUGCCAAAGAUGAAUGAAGACAGUUCUUCAUAAUAAUUGGUUCAAUAGAUCUUUACAAAAUAUUAACAAUUAACACUGAACAAAUAUUUAACUGAUUAAUUACUCAUGAAUAAGACUGAAUACGGAUGGUAUUGUAAUAAUUAUUUCUAUUUUUCUUAAAUAUUUUUAUAUAAGAAUUUUUAUGAUUAUUGUUUAUAUGUGAAAAUUCUUAUUACAGUUGAUAGUGUAUUUUUUCCUGAUAAUUAAUUUUUUUUAAGUAUUUAUAUUAUAAUUUUAACUAUUUAACAAUAUUAUUAAUAUAAUUAAAAAAAACAAAAGUAACAAUUACGAACAUUUUUAACCUUAAAUGUACCAUAGCUAAUUUUUAUUUCAGAUCUGAUGUUAGACAUAAGCCAUAUUAUAUCUUAUAUUGUUUUUGUACAAAGUUUUAUAGAUAUGUAAGCCGAAUAAAGAAAAAAUUGUUUUAUUAUUUAAGUUAUGCUGCUAAAAAUAUGUUACAUAAUGAAUAUGAAGAAACAAUUGUAACAAAUAAUUUUAAGAAUGUGCCUACCUUAAGAAAAUAAAAUUAUUUAAUGAUUUCACAACCUAUCAACUAUGUAAAUUAAAUGUAUUAUAAAUAUAUUUAUGUUUCUUGUAUACGUGAUGCCUUUGAAAAAAAAUAAUUUCAGAACUAGUUGAAUAAUGAAUGGUCCAUAUAAAAAAGCACAAAUCUUCCGAAUUUAAACAUAAAAAAGUUGAAGUGAAAAAGAAAGAGAGCAAAUGAAAGAAAGAUUUAUGAUUUAAUAAUCAAAGCUAUAAGGGAUCAAGUAAGGUCCUUGAUAUCAUCGACCUGGAUACUAUGAAGUGAUAAACUGUAUCAAUAAUAAUGUAUUAUUAACUGUAUUUCAAUUUUACUUAUUAAAUAAAAAUCCUACUAAAAUCAAGACUUUGAAAACAACACAUACAAUUUAUUAAUAAAAAUACUGUUAAUGAAUUUUUUUUUUCAUUUUGUACAUACUACAAUAUAUUUCUUAUUUUAAUUAAAUAUAAAAAAAAAUAUAUAAACUCAAGACAGAUUUUACAAAACUAAAAAUAUAAUUAUGUCUUAAAUAUAAGUAAGUUAUGUCUAUUUUAAUAAUUAUUAUACUGCCAUAUCAAAACUUAAGGAACAACCUUCAACACAACUCAUAAGGUUGAUGGAUUUAAUAUAUAUAAAAUUACCUUCUUUUUUUUUUUUUUUUUAUUUAAGAUUAAUCGAGGACAGGAGAAUCAAAACUUUUUCGUCCGUGAGCCACAUUGAAACCUCGACUUAGUUCUGCAGGCCGCAUUGAGACCUCUGAAAGUCCCACAUAGCCAAUACUUGUAAUG